UGAUCUCAGUAUCUUAGAGCUGAAAUAACCGUAUCUUGGAUCCAUAAACCCCAUCACAGGUUCUCUCCCCGCCACUCCACCUGUUUGGUUCCGGAGAAAACUGUGGAAAAUGAAAAGGAAAAUCCACUUUCCACACCGACUCCUCAGUCCCCUUAAAAUGUUUCCUACAGAGAAGUAGUGGUGUUGCAGAUACUGAGAUACGGAGAAUAAAAAAUGUCACAAUUGUCAGCCCAAGUAUUGAAUAGCCUGAGGCCACGGCCGCCCAGUGCUUGUAGCUCAACGACAAUGGCUUCGUUGUCGUAUGGAACACAGACCCCAAUAGCUUCUCUGAAGGUCUCUCCCGGUUUUUGGGGCUCGGCGGAGUUCAAUUCGUGCCGUUUGAGCGUUUUGGGGAGUGAUCGGUCUCGGAAUUUGGCCCUGGUGAGGGACAGUGCAGAGAGAAGUGAGGGGGGUGUUGCUAUGGAGACUGUUGGUGACAAUCAGGUUGAAGAUUCACCAGGAAAAUUGGAGGAGCGUGAUUUUAGUGGCACACCUUAUGUUCCUAUCUAUGUGAUGUUACCAUUGGGUGUCAUCAAUAUGAACUGUGAGCUAAUUGAGCCAGAAGUUCUGUUAAAUCAACUAAAAGUACUGAAGUCAGUUGGUGUUGAUGGUGUUAUGGUUGAUUGCUGGUGGGGAAUAGUAGAGGCACACAAUCCACAGGGAUACAAUUGGAGUGGUUAUAAGAGACUUUUCCAAAUUGUGCGUGAUCUUAACCUCAAGUUACAGGUUGUGAUGUCAUUCCAUGAAUGUGGAGGCAAUGUUGGGGAUGAUGUACAUAUCCCACUUCCGCACUGGGUGACAGAAAUUGGUCAAAAAAAUCCUGAUAUAUAUUUUACUGAUAAAGAGGGGAAACGCAACAAGGAAUGUCUCACAUGGGGAAUUGAUAAGGUGCGGGUUUUAAGAGGCCGGACUGCUGUUGAGGUUUACUUCGACUACAUGAGGAGCUUCAGAGUCGAAUUUGAUGAAUUUUUUGAGGGAGGAAUAAUCUCGGAGAUUGAAGUUGGACUAGGUCCAUGUGGGGAGCUACGCUAUCCUUCUUAUCCUGAAAAUCAUGGAUGGAAAUAUCCUGGUAUUGGUGAAUUCCAGUGUUAUGAUUGGUACUUGAUGAAGAAUCUGAAGGAGGCUGCAGAAGCAAGGGGCCACUCCUUCUGGGGCAGAGCACCGGAUAAUACAGGUUCUUAUAAUUCUCAACCACAUGAAACAGGGUUUUUCCGUGAUGGAGGUGAUUAUGAUAGCUACUAUGGCAGAUUCUUCCUCAACUGGUACUCCCGUUUUUUGGUUGAUCAUGGUGAUCGUGUACUUGCUCUGGCCAAUUUAGCUUUCGAAGGCACUUGCAUUGCUGCAAAGGUAUCAGGUAUUCACUGGUGGUACAAGACUGCCAGCCACCCUGCUGAGUUAACCGCUGGAUUUUACAACCCCUGCAACCAUGAUGGGUAUGCUCCAAUUGCAGCAAUGUUGAAAAAGCAUGAGGCUGCCCUGAAUUUCACAUGUGUUGAAAUGCGUACGUUAGACCAGCAUGAGGGCUUUCCAGAAGCACUGGCAGACCCUGAGGGAUUAGUUUGGCAGGUGCUGAAUGCUGCAUGGGAUGCUAACAUUCCGGUUGCCAGUGAGAAUGCUCUUACAUGCCAUGACAGAGAAGGCUACAAUAAGAUAUUGGCAAAUGCUAAGCCCCAAAAUGAUCCAGAUGGCAGGCAUUUAUCAGCGUUUACCUACCUCAGAUUAAGCCCUGUUCUCUUGGAGGGGCAUAACUUCAUGGAGUUCGAACGAUUUGUCAAGAAAAUGCAUGGAGAGGCCGCACCGAAAUCCUGAUCUUUAGAUGAACUCAAAUGAAUGAAAGGGAUUUGGACAUACGGGACCUCAAGUGCAUUGAUGUUACUCUUAACUACUUGAGCUAAAGCCCCUUGCUAAGUCCAGAGCAGUUUAAUACUGUAUAAUAAGGAAUAAAAUGAAUGUAUAGCAUUCUACAAGUUUGUGUUGGUCACAAACUGAUCAAACUGUGGUUACAAACUUGUUCCUUUCCUUAUCCUAAAUUAUAAUUAUUUUAGAACGUCGUUAUCUACA